UGGGAAGACUGGAGAAAGUAUAAAAGAGCUCGGAUCGGCGGUGGAGGUGGCUUCUCAGAAGCCCGUCAACAACCUAAGUUUGUUAUUAAAUUGAUCUUAUUGUAUAGUUUUUUUUACAAAUCACAAAUGUCAACACAGAGCCAGACAAGUGUGAUGAAGCUGUACCACAGUGUUAUAGAGGAUGUGAUAGCUGGAGUACGGGAUUCAUUCCUGGAUGAGGGUGUUGAUGAGCAGGUGUUACAAGAAUUGAAACAGAUUUGGGAGACUAAGUUAUUGUCCAGUAAAGCGCUAGAAUUGAACCCAGAACCUCCAGAACCUCAGCCACCACAAAUUGGUAAUCAAAAAGAUGGUCGAAGCAAUCUGUCUGGAAAAUCAGUAAAUAUUGGAAACCAGAUGACAGUUUUCACAACCAAUCAGCAUGGAACACAGCAGAUUAUUGGGACUCAGCAGACGCAGUUGGUUCAGCAAGUAGGCCAGCAGCCUACAACGCAGUCACAGCCAGUUCAGCAACAAACACAAGUGCAGCAAAACUCUCAGCACCUUGUGCAACAAUCUCAGCAAGGGCAACAGACACAGGCAUCUCAACAAACCACCACUGUGAUAACAGCUGACCCAAACAAACAGGUUCCUAUUCAUAUCACAUUGCCAGCACAAGCAGGUGCUGCUGACUCACAGCCACGAGUUCUCACAAUUCAAGUACCAGCCUCAGCUCUACAAGGCAACCAGUUGCAUACUGUACUCACAGGGCCAAUAAUAGCAGCCACAAUGGCAUUGCCACAGCAUCUAGCAUCUUCCUUGCUGCAGCAGCAUGUGACAGCAGCUCUGCAGGGGCAGGCAGCAUCAGGAGCAUCUCAGAUGCAACAGUUGGCUACAGUUGGAGCAGCUGUUGCUCAGAACUCAACCAGCAAUGGAAGUGUGAUGGCAGGACGUCAGGUUUUCCAGCAAACAACUGGAACCAUCAGACAGUUAGAUGGUGUCCAUGACACCUCUGAUGAGGAUGAGGAUGAUGAUGAUGAUGAUGAUGAUGAUAUUGAUGAAGAUGAUGAAAAUGAUGAUAAAGAUGAUGAUGAAAAUGAAGAAGAGAAUGAUGGAGGUCCAGAGGAGGAGCCACUUAACUCAGAAGAUGAUGUCAGUGAUGAAGAUCCAACAGACUUAUUUGACACAGAUAAUGUUGUGGUGUGUCAGUAUGACAAGAUCACACGGAGUAGAAACAAAUGGAAGUUUUAUCUCAAAGAUGGGAUUAUGAACCUGAGUGGCAAAGAUUAUGUGUUUCAGAAGGCUAAUGGUGAUGCAGAAUGGUGAGAAUUUGUACAAGGAAGGAAAUGUUUUGUCGAAUAUUAUCAAGUUAAGGUCAGUCACUUACUGUUACCAAUUGACAGAUUAUCAGCACUUGGGGAGAAGAUAGAGCACAUAGGGAGAACUAAACACUUGUGCAACUGUGUGAAUGUGGUUAUAUUUUGUGUUAAUGAGUAUCUGGAUGACAGACUGCAUAAUCUUCUGGGAUGUUAUGUUAUAUUUGUAUUUCAAGUCCGUGAUAUAAGAAGUAAGACAAUUCAGAGGAAAAUUAUAUUUGUAGAUAUUCCAGUACUUUCAAGUUGGUAAUAAGUUUUCUGCAGUCAUUGCAACUCUUAUUAAGUCACCCAUUUCAACAAAUAAAAUACAAUUGUUCCAAAUGCUUUUGAUGUAAAUUCACUGCUACAAAAAAAAUCAGACUGUGCCACAAUUUUUACCCUUUGAUCUCCUGAAAUGAAGUGAUUUACAUUAAUAGGCUGUGUUACUAUGUUUUCUCUAGCUUCUGUAUUGUGAAUUGUUAAAAUCCUGAAUAAGUCUAGUUGAAAGCUAAGCAUCUCAUGUGAAGCACAACCAAAUAACUGAAUUAAGCUCACAUCACCAGCAUAGAAAUGUUCCUUUGCAACAUUAAAAAUCUUAUUAUAUGUUAUAUAUUCAUUGGAUAUACUGAUGUUCAUGAAGGUUCAUUGCAGAAGCGUCCGUAUGCAAACAAUGUUUUUCUUUUCCAAAAAUGUUGUAAGAGAGGCCAUGAUUUAUAUGUUAUAAAUGAACUUUAGUAGUUGAAUGGGUUUAUUUUGUACUUCUGUUGCUAGCUUUUUUGUUUUGUUUAUGAAAUGGGAUGUAAUCAUGGGAUGGAUGUUUAUAGUAAAAUUUAUUUCCAAAAUAUAUAACAACUUAUUUCAAUGGCAGAAGAAGUAAGUAGAACUGAGACUGAAUUUUUACUGAUAGUGAACAUCUGGGUUAAAUAUUUAUAAGUGCGUGGUGCUUUAUUAAACAUGUAAGAAGAGAUUUGUAAAAGCAAGAAACUGAAUACAUAUAGAUGAAACAUAUGUAAUCAUAAAGUCAAAACUUAUAAACUGGGUACCACAAAUAAAAGUUACAACAAAAGUUUA